AUGGCCGCCGUGCCGGCGGAGCUGAGGCGGCCUCAGGAGCGGCCCGAGCGGGCGGGGGGCGCGAAGCGGCCGCGGCGGGAGGAGCGGCCCCGGGAGGAGCGGCCCCGGGACGAGCCCCCGGCCGAGCCCGGGUACCUGGCGCUGGCCCGCGGGCUGCUGGCCGGCGGCGCCCCGGCCCUGCGCGGCCCCGCGCCCGCCCGCCCCGCCGGGGAGCCCGCGGGGGACGGAGCCGGCGAUGGCGACGAUCUGCUGGGGCAGCUCAUCCGAGACCUGAAUGAAAUCAAUGAGGUUCCUUUCUUUGAUGUGCAGCUGCCCUAUGAGCUGGCACUGAAGAUAUUCCAGUACCUGGGCAGGGCUGAGUUGGGAAGGUGUGCUCAGGUCAGCAGGACGUGGAAAAUCCUUGCAGAAGACGAAGUGCUGUGGUACAGGCUGUGCCAAGAGGAGGGAUACCUGUUGGAUAUGAGCAUCUCUGACCAGUCCUGCUGGAAAGUCGCCCUCAAGAACUGCCGGGCCCGGGAGCGCACCUUGAAAUACAACUGGAAGAACCGGAUCGGAGCCGUGAGCCAGCUGAGGUACGAGCUGGGGAAGGUGCUGUGUGAUGUCCAUUCCUGGGAUGGAGUUGUCAUUGCUGGAUACACCUCAGGAGAAGUGAGGCUGUGGGACACUCGCACCUGGGACUACACAGCCCCCAUCCUGGAAGCCGUGCAGGGUCCUGGCGAGGCUGGACCUCGGCCACACGUCUCCUUUGUGAGGAUAAACAGCUCCCUGGCUGUGGCAGCUCACGAGGACGGAACCAUCAGCAUUUGGAACCUGCUGCUGGGGCGGGAGCCAAUCCAUCAUUACCAGCACAACCAGAAGAUCCAGGCUCUGGCCCUGGGGCCGGAGGGCGCAGCCGUGGCCACGGCGUCGGGCUUCGAGGUCAAGGUGGAAACCGCCGAGGACAGAGGGUUCUGGCAAACCACAGCAACCUUUGAAAUCCAGAAACUGGUCAACUUCCUUAAUCUGGUUCCAGAUGUUACGGGGAGCCCAGUGGCAGUGGCAGCUGCAGAGGACAUUGUGUAUCUCCUGAAAGCAGAAGAUCCUGGCAAAAUCCUGCACUCUGUCUAUGGCCAGCCUGUCACCUGCCUGGAUGUGUCUGCCCAUGAAGCUGCCUUUGGGAUCAAAACCUUUGGCUGGUUGUUGAAUGAGCCCAACCAGAUUCUUCUUUACAACCUGGAAACAAACCAGUGCCUGACCAAGGUGGGCAACUCCAUAGGUGACUUCACGUGUGUCAACCUCCACGACAGCCCUCCCCACAUGCUCGUAGCGGGCAACAAGGACAGAAAGGUCAGGGUGUUCGACCUGCGCGGGGGCGAGUCCGUGUGCUCCCUCUACGCCCACCAGCUGGGAGUGUCUGCAGUGCAGAUGGACGACUGGAAGAUCGUCAGUGGAGGAGAAGAGGGCCUGGUGUGCGUGUGGGACCAGAGGAUGGGCACCAAGCUGUGGGAGAUGCACGCCAGGCACCCGGUUCGCCACGUGUGGUUCAAUUCCCACAGUCUGAUCACGGCAAACAUCCCUGAGGAGAGGAACCCUCGGGGCAGCAGCAGCGCCGACGACGACCCCGCCGUGCACCGCAAGUAUCGAGGGAUCAUUUACUCCUACGAGUUCUCAGGGGAGCAGCUGGCAGGGGACAGUGUCCUCCCCAUCUGCCGCUCGUCCUACGACGAGCUCACGGGCUACAACUACAACAUCGGCCUGGCCAUGCCCUAUGACAGCAUUUAGGGGCUCCUGGGCUGCUGGGGGCCAGGCAGGACAACAGCCACGUGGGACAAGCACCUCAGAGGGGGUGUUGGCUGCGGGACAACGGGCUGGGAUUCACCAAAAUGUGGGGAUAUGAACCCAAAGAGUUCAAGGCUGCCCUGGAGCAUGUCACUGAAACGUGGUGCUGCUCAGAGGUCCACCCUGCUGGAGGGGAGAGUGAAGAUGAAGGGGAACAUCACACUGCAGGGUGAACCAAAACCCUGCUGCUUGUGGGAAGGAUGCUGCUGGUCCCACCUUGGCAGAGGGACACGGUCAGGAAGCUGGAGGGGCACAGUGUGAGGGGUGGGAGCACACUCAGGAGUUCCUGCCUGCCCUGAGAGGGGGAAAAAACCCACCAGGAACUUGGGGAAAGCAUGUUGCUGAGCCACAUGUUUGUUAUCUCUGUCCUGGUAAAGAGCUGGUCAUGCUUGUUUUCCUUGGAAUGCACUGGAAUGUGUCAAGGGACAGGACCAUGCACAAAAGGUUGGGAGAGGGGAGGGUGAUGGAGAGAGGAAAGGGAAGGUUGGCCCCAGGCCAGACUGGAUGCUUGGGAACUCAGCAGUCCACACACAUCAGAAUGAUUUUAAAAUCAAUUAUUUUUUUAAAUCCUCUAAAAUUCUGGAUUAAAUAUUUUUUAAUUGUCUGUGUA